UUCAGAACGGAAACAAACGUCUCUGUCACACUUCGUUCAAUCUUGUAGACUCCUUCUCCUCUUCCUCUCUCUUUCUCCCUUUCUUUCUUCUCUGUUCAAUUCAAACCUCCGAAUCUCCACCGCUUAUACUUUUUUCUACAAUCCCAAUCCAGCUCUUAAUAUUCCUUCCACUUUUCGAUCUUUUUCCAUCUUUAAUACCCGUAAAAAAUUACCCAAAAUCAUUCCAAUAAUUCCCCCAAAAUGGGUUGUUCUCAAUCGAAGAUCGAGAAUGAAGAAGCAGUAUCACGCUGUAAAGAACGCAAAGCUUUCAUGAAAACAGCUGUUACUGCUCGAAAUGCUUUUGCUGCUGCUCAUUCUUCUUAUGCUGUUUACCUUAAAAAUGCUGGUGCUGCUUUGAGUGAUUUUGCUCAAGGUGAGGUUAUUAUUAACCCACUCUCUAGUUCAUCUUCUCAUGUGGGUGUGGGACCCGCUUCUGGGUUGAGUGUAGGACCCACUUCAAGUACAGCUCAACCUCAUCUUCCUCCUAUUGGGGAAACUUUACCUCCUCCUCCACCUCCUGAUGAUAUACAUGUACCUUUACAACGCGCUGUUUCGAUGCCGGAAUUUGCGGUUUCGAAACCUGGGUUGAAACCCAUGGAGGAGGGUACGAUUGAGGAGGAGGAAGAAGAAGAGGGGGAUGAUGAUGAUGAUUUGAGGGGGAGGAGGAGGCGGAGGGAGGGUAAUAAAGGUGGGAGUGUUGGUGGAAGAAUCGAGACUAGUACUGUCAAUACAAAAACUGAGAGUAAUUUGAAUAACAAUGUGGUGGGCCCACCUCCGUCGCUGCCUCCUGAGGAGAGGGAGAGUAGAACGCCGCCAUUUCCGUCGUAUCCGAUGCAAGAUCAAACUUGGGAUUACUUUUUUAGUCAUGAAAUGCCUAAUGUGAGUUUGAGUGACGAAGGGGUUUAUGAACAACAAACAGUUUACCGUCAAAGAGCAAUGAGAAGUUCAGGCAGUCAUGCUUCGGUUACGACUACGCUGCCGCCUUCAGUUGAGGUGGUGGAGGAGAUGGUGAUGCCGGAGAAGCCGCCAUUGCCGUCGGCAAUGGGUGGUGGUGGAGGGAGGGUGAUGAAGAAGGGGAAACAAGUUAUGGGGCAAGGAGGAAGUGUAAGUGAAGGGAGGAGAAAGAAUGUUAAUUUGAUUCAGAUUUUUAGUGAUUUGGAUGAUUGUUUUCUUAAAGCUUCGGAAAGUGCUCAUCAAGUAUCUAAGAUGCUUGAGGCUACUAGAUUGCAUUACCACUCUAAUUUUGCUGAUAAUAGGGGGCAUAUUGAUCACUCAGCAAGAGUCAUGCGAGUCAUCACAUGGAAUAGAUCUUUUAAGGGUCUACCAAAUGCAGAAGAUCCUAAUGAUGAUUUUGAUUCUGAAGAGAAUGAAACUCAUGCCACUGUACUGGAUAAGCUGCUUGCUUGGGAGAAGAAGUUAUAUGAUGAAGUGAAAGCCGGUGAAAUUAUGAAAUUUGAAUAUCAGAGGAAAGUUGCCUUGUUAAACAAACAAAAGAAACGUGGAACCAGCUCUGAAUCCCUAGAGAAGACAAAGGCGGCUGUAAGCCAUCUGCACACAAGGUACAUUGUAGACAUGCAGUCUAUGGACUCAACAGUCUCUGAAAUAAGCCGGUUGCGUGAUGAACAGUUAUACCCAAAGCUUGUGGCACUUGUUGAUGCGAUGGCCACAAUGUGGGAAACUAUGCAAGAACACCACGAGACGCAACUUAAAAUUUCUAGCGCUUUGAGAUUGGUCGACAUCUCACAGUCCACCAAGGAGACAACCGACCAACACCACGAGAGAACCAUUCAGCUUUGGGCUAUAGUUCAGGAGUGGAAUACACAUUUCGAAAAAAUGGUUAACCAUCAGAAAGAGUAUGCAAGAGCACUCAGUAGUUGGUUGAAACUAAACCUUAUUCCCAUCGAAAGCAGCUUGAAAGAGAAGGUUUCGUCUCCCCCGAGAGCUCAGAACCCUCCGAUUCAAGGCCUCCUCCUUGCCUGGUACGAUCAACUCGAGAAACUCCCGGAUGAGCAUGCAAAGAGUGCAAUAUUCAACUUUGCCGCUGUUUUGCAUACUAUAGUCCAACAACAAGAGGAUGAAAUAAGACUGCGGUUAAAAGUUGAAGAAUCAAGGAGGGAUCUCGAGAAAAAGCAACGCCAUUACAAUAAAUGGCUUAAUGAGUAUAUGCACAAAAAAAUACCCUCAGAUGAUACGGACCCCACAUCGCUUGAAGAUGGGGUUCACAAGGAUGAGCUUAUGGUGGAGAAGGAAUUCGUGGUGGAGAAUGCAAGAAAGAAACUCGAGGAUGAUACAGAGAAUUAUCAACGGGAAUGUACCCAUGUAAGGGAAAAGUCAUUGACGAGUCUUAAAACUAGAUUGCCCGAGUUGUUCCGAGCUUUGUUGGAUUUCGCGAUUGCUGCUUCCGAUAUGUACAGUAAUCUGAGGACCCUUUCCCACUCGUCCCACAGCCACAAAAACAAGGAAAGCGCUAUGUAGAAUAGGUACCUUAUUUUGAUGAAUUUGAACUGAAUGUGUUGUAUCAUGUAUAGGGGGGGGAAGAUCUUAUUAAUGGGCUUAUAAGUAUAUAAUAGUGAGUUGUAAGAUAUUUGCAUUUGUUUAAGCUUAAGUUGUAGUAAGACUCAAAAAUGCAAUUGCGUUGCCAAUUUGUAAUUGUUUUUAACACGGGUAAAAGAGUGUGUAGAUCUGAUUCUUUAAAACCCGUAAAUGAUAACUCAAAUUAGCGAGAAA